GGCGGCCUGUAUCUAGGCGCCUCAGUCUCUGCUUGGGACGCGACCGCGCGAGUAUGGGGUGCGCGUAUACCCCGCGUAACGUAUCGUACGGCAUUGCUGUCUGAGCCGCGGAGCGACGAGCAACGACAAAACGACCCCGACGUCGAGACGUUCCGACGGGAGAAUUAGAAAAGAAAAUAGACAAGCAUCGUUCCCACGUACUGCCUCCCUCUUACUCUCUCUCCUUUCCUUUUGUCUGUGUGUCUCUCUGUCUCUUUCUACCUUUCUCCCUGCAUGGCUCCGAAACUACCCGUCGAUCCUUGACAUCCCUCGUACGCACCCCUAGACAACGACGACUCCCGGCGCGAGCGCGCCUAAUAACGCGUAUGUCGCCGGGAAAUCCACCGGCGCGACGGACAUUCGAUUUUCCGCUCGAUGAGUGAAGCAUCCGGCUGUUGUCGUCGUCGUCGUGGAACGAGAUCGGGAUCGGUGUGUGCGCGACGCGAUUCGUCGCGCUUGUGAUUGUUGAUCCGGUGGUGGUGCGGCAGGCAUCUUCUCGGAUUCCCGGUGCGCAAAAACAUAUCGGGCCAUGGCGGUGCUGCUGGAGGCGAGGUCGUACAGGCCGUUCAGGUCCUCGGACGAGUACUUGCUGGCGAUGAAGGAGGAUCUGGCGGAGUGGCUGAACGCGCUCUACCCGGAGCUCCGGAUCAACAUUGACAAUUUUAUGGACAGACUGGACACCGGCGUCGCGCUGUGCAAGCACGCGAACAAUGUGCGGAAGGCGGCGGCUGACUAUGUGGCCCGUCGUCAGGCCCGCAAGAUCUCGAUGACACGCUCGAUAACCUCGGCCCUGGCGCUUCCGAUGAGCCAGUUGAGCGAUGUGGCCUUCCUGCCGAACGCCAAGGCUGGUACCUUCUUCGCCCGCGACAACGUCUCCAACUUCAUCGGCUGGUGCCGCAACAGCCUCGGCAUCAUCGAGUGCCUGCUCUUCGAAACCGACGACCUGAUAAUGCGCAAAAACGAGCGGCAUGUGAUACUGUGCCUGCUGGAGGUGGCCCGUCGCGGCGCUAAGUUCGGUAUGCUCGCGCCGAUGCUCGUGCAGAUGGAGAGGCAGAUCGACCGCGAGCUCGCCGCCGAGAACAAGGCGAAUGGCGCCAGCAACGAGGACAGUGACGACGAGUAUGCCGAUGAUAUGCAGGAAGAGGUGCCCUGCCUCAUAUACGGCCCGCAGCCGCAGAUCGUCACGAACGAUCUCAAGAGCCUCGACGAGAUGGUUCGCGAUCUUGUGGAGGGUUGCACGUGCCCCACGCAGUUCCCGAUGAUCCGCGUGUCCGAGGGCAAAUAUCGAAUUGGCGACACCAAGGUCUUGAUCUUCGUCCGGAUACUGCGCAGUCACGUGAUGGUGCGUGUCGGUGGCGGCUGGGACACCCUCAGCCACUAUUUGGACAAACACGACCCGUGUCGAUGCAGAACCUCGCAUCGCUCGAUGAUCUCGGCGAAGCUCAUUCAAAAGGCCGGCGCAUCCUUCGAUCUGGCCAGCGCGCAGGUGCAUUAUGAACGAUCACCUCCGAGAACGCGACGGAGUUCCGCGUCGAGCAUCGGUUCGUGCGCCGGCACGGUGCAGGGCUCGCCCCAAUCGGCGCAGCUGCACGCACCCAGAAGCAUUUCCAGCAAUCGCUCGCGAUCGCCCACACCUCACCAGUCCGGCAGCAAACAGCAGCAGCAGCAGCAACAGCAACAACAAUCGAACGACGAGCCGAGAAAGAUAAAUCGCUCGAGAAGUCCCACGCCACAAAGGAAAUUCCUGGCGAGUCCGAAUCACCAGGCCGAUUUAGGGAAGCAGAGAUCAAGGUCGCCGACGCCCAGGGCGAAUCUCAGGUCGAGAAGCCCGACGUCGCGAGCGGAGCCGAAGAGCAGCAGUGCGGUGUCGCCGACGAGUCAUGGGAAAUUUCAGGAAAACGGCCGAGACGCGAACAAAAGGCAAGAGCUGCAACAGCAGCAAGCGAAACUGUCGGAGGAUUUUGUGAAGCGUUACGUCGUGGAGGGCGGCGUGGCGCGUAGGGCCGUCGAGAAAGACGGCACGCCGAAGUACGAGCCGGCGAUUUACAACUACAAGUGCGGCGAGGACUCGAGCAGCAGUCGCAGCCCGACGCCGAGUCCGCCUUCGAACAAGCAGGAGCCCGCCGAAACUUUCGGCAACGAGGCUCGCCACUGCCAGAAGUCGCCCCACGGCGACAGCGAGCACUCGGACAACGGCAGCGAGGUGUCCGACGAGGGUUACCGCAGUCUUGGUGCCGUCCAGUCGUCCAUGGCUAAUGGGAACUCCGCCAGCGCGCAGAGCUCGCCCACGGUUGCCGAUUGUCAAAAGCAACCUCCAAAAGCGGAGUCCGAAGAGAGAUCCUGCGUGGACACCGACAGUAUCGAGACCGGACUGCGCAAGAUCCGACUUCGGUCCUCGAGUCCUGUACGAAACUAUCCGCUGCCGAGAAAUGAAACGUUCUCGUCGGGUGAAAAGACACCCCGAGCCGGUUCUAUCAGUAACCUAUCCAAGGCAUCAUCCGGCAGCAGAACACCCAGAGACAGCAAUUCCAGUCCCGAGGGUAGCCCAUUGAACCGAGCGGGGUACAGUCUCGCUUCUCGCAACUGCGGGAGCCUACGAAAACCACCCACGGUGACUGGAAGCGUCAACAAGGCGUCUUCGCCGAUACCCAAGUCUUGCAAAUCGCCACUUAGCGGCAGUAACACGUGGAACGGCCGUCAGACUAAAAAGAGGCCCAGUAUCCAAUCGGAUACUUUCAUGAGUCCUCAAGCUACGUCAACUGCUUGCGCCACGACAUCGAGUUUCUCCAGGAAGAGCCCAGCUCGGCAAAGUCUACCCAGGCCAAACUCGAACGGCGGUGCCCAAUACGACAAGAACGGCAGGAGAAUUCGAGCUUCCGCCACGGGAUCCUUGCAGUCGUCACCCACCAAGGUGGCGAAUCCGCUCUUGGAGCAAAUCCUGCAAAAGGUGGGCCACCUGCAAGACGACCGCGAGAUGGUGCGGAAACUGCAGGAUCUCUUGAAGACCUACCAGAAGACCGGUUUAAACGACGGUGCCGCGAACAUGGCGCUCACCAAGGCGUGGGUGGACAGUAACGGGACGGCUACUCUGCCGCAGGAUAGUCCGGUAACGACGAAUCCCAGAAAAGACCCAAAGCCAGUGUCCGAGAGAGGAGGUUACUCGAGGAUACCGGCGCCGGUGUCCUACAAGAGACCGAUGUCCGUGGCGUCCGACAGCGUCUGAGAGUGGCUUCUCCCUCCUUUGGUCGAGUUCCAGCAAGGAUCGCGGUGUGUAGGCCGGUAGCCUUCGCGUGUUAGAUUAGGUUUCGGCUCAGGUCGAUAGUGGAGGGAUCCAGGCGCGCGAGCGAGUAAUUGCGUCUCUCGCGUCGCUUGGCUCUUGAUGGGCGAUUUGAUGGGUAAGGUCGGACGUUCCGACGUGGCGACGGCGACGACGACGACGACGACAGCAGUGGAGAGCUGGAGUCUAAAUUGGGAGCAGGGUCGAGUGUCUCAUCUCUCAGGAGACGCGGGGAUCGCAGAGAGUUCGAGUAAUCCGCUCUCUAUCUGCGCUCCUCGGCCGCGCCUUCGACGUCUACCACGAUCUCGCGGGUGGGGAACGUCCGAUCGGGCCGGAGGUAACUUAACGGGCCUUAACGGUACGGGGUCAAUCAGUUAGUAGCUCUUAGUAAUCACGUAUCGGGGUGGUGCUUGGAUGGUGCUGAAGAACGAGACGACAUUUGCGAGAAAACGGACGGAUUGCCUGCGAAGCGAAGAGCGGCAGAAAGGGAGAGUGAACGGCAAGAGUGAGAGAGGUAGAAAGAGAGAGAAAGAGGUAAGCGGCGAAGUAGGAAACUCGUCUCGUGGACAAGAUUUUCAAUUGAUUAAUGCGGAAUCAAAGGUGGGCAAUUAGCCGCGGCGAGUCUUGCGUUAAUGGCUUCCCAAUCGAUUUACUUCCAGUCGGUUAAUUGCACCCCAGCUCUCGCCGAUUGGUCCGAGACGAUGGCGGGCGACUGUAAGCGCCGCCGCGCAUACGUCUCGUGCGAUCGACGCGAUCGGAAUUUCGCGGCGGAUUCGACGUUGUCGAACGGAGACCCGCCGCGAUCGGAUACACCGAUCGGUCUUAUCAUUGUCGAUCGGCAACACCUAUCGAUUUAUUUAUUUAUAUAGUUUAUCAGUUGUAUAUAUAUCAAAGACGAUUUAUUUACGCGUUACGACUUCUCGCCACGACGAGAGGAGGCAUGGAGUGAAGUAGGAGAAUGAGAAGGAUGAGGACAGGUCAGGUAAGAGAGACGAUAGUAGGAAACGACUCGAAACCGAUCGAUCGAAGGAGAAAGGGACGUCGAAGGUCGAACACGCGAGAGGAUCCCGCUUGGAUCCUCCGUAUGAAAAAUCAAACCCCCACCCCUUACCCCAUAGUUCCCCUCCCCUCGUCCUUAAACCUGAAACAGACUGCAUUAUGUAGAUAGUGACUAGGGCUCUCAAGUAUUCGGAUAUCUGACUAUCCGGAUGUCCGAGAUCGGUUCUAAUCCGAAAACUCUCAAAACCACAUUAUUCAGAUCCAAGUUCAGGUCAUAAGAAGAAAUCUGAAUUCAGAAUCGAAUUUGGAUUCGAAUUAGAGAAAAAGUCAUUAAAUCAAAAGAUUGAUCGAUUUAAUAACAAAAUUAUAUUCGAAAUUAUUAUUUAAAUACGCAAAUAGGCACAAUUGUUUUAAGUUGUCAAAUUGCAGUUAAGAAAUAUCGAUUUAUUGACUUUCCAAUUUCCGACAAGCAGGUUGCUGCGAACGUGUCUAUCGAUUCCCCUGCGAAUUUAGGACCAAAGUCGAUAUUUCAACUGUUAGGGCAUCUUGGGAAAUCUCAUAGACUUGUAGAAUAGACUGCACGCUCUUGCAGGACGGCUGAUGGCAAGAUUGAAAGACAGAGAUAUGCUAAAUUAAAUGCUUUCUCUGUCACACAAUACCCUAAAGCCUGAUCUACAAUAUAUGCUCUUUGCGUUCUGUUUCUUAUUUUCUGUCUUUUUCUGGCUUAAAGCUUAAGGUUUGAGUAAAAAAGAGAUAAAGAGAAAGAAGCAGGAAGCAAAGAACAUAUUGUAGAUCAGGCUUAAGAGAGAACGAUGUAGGAGCAACAAAAGAGAGAAUGAAAUACAGCGAAAGAAACAGAGGAUGCAUGAAUCAUUUCUUCUCCCUGGUUUUCACUACCAGCUAAACAAUUAGACAAGGGAAAAACAUCUUGUCGUCUUUUCUUUCCCUCCUACGCAAUCUAUUCUACGUCUGUCGAAAAUCCGAAUCCCCGGAUAACCUGAAUUCAGGCAUCAGCAUUGAUGUGUACUACCCGAUCAAUCAAGUAUCCGGAUAAUGUCAGAUCCGAAAAAAAUAUCGAAGCCCUGAUAGCGACGCGUCGUCGUCGAACAAAUGCCAUUCCAACAUUUAACUGUUUUUUAUACCAAACGCAAGCGUAGCGCCGUUUUGUACCAAGUGUCUUAGUAACGGAUUAAGAGACGGAAAGAGAGAGAGAAAGAGAGAGGGAUUUAUUUUGCGGAAAAGGGGUAUUUUUUAGUAUCGCGGUAGUGUGGACGUCGGUCCCGUGCAUGUGCACGCGCGAUAGUAGUAGGGCGCGUUUCCGACAAAUUCGAUACGAUACUAUACGGUCGGUCAGUCCUUUCUCCGUUCGUUUCCGUCGUAGCUCUUAGGGAGAUCCUCUCCGAUCUUUCGCGUUAGACUCGCGUUAUACGUCGACCGAUGUGGGAAAUAAGUGAAGAUCGAGGGUCAGUCUCCCCGUCGACGGGGGUUCUUAGCCGCGACACACGCGGCCACCCCUCGCCUUACUCGAAACUCGAGCGAUUUCCUGCGUUUGUCGCGCGUAUAACGUCAUCGUCGUGUUUUCUAUACGUGCACACACGGAUUCACGCGUGCAUUUACACGCAAAUACACAAGAAAACACACACACACAUGUGUAUAGGGGAGAGUUGCUGAAAUCGUACCUCAUCAAUCUCUAUAUUACUACCCCAGAUAUCAAACCUGCGUAAACAGAUUCCAAACAGAGCAUGCUGCAAAUUUUUGAUGGCGAGAAGGCAGCAAAUCCAAUAUAGGAUUUAUAUCUAAUUAUGUUAGCAAACUGCUGCCAAAAGUGUGACAGAAACCGAGUAGACUCAGUAAGCAAAUUGAUAGCAGAGUGGCAGCAAAUUUGAUCAGAAUUCCAUAUCAAAACCAUAGCCAUCUGUGUUCACUCAACUCGUGUUUUGUCAUCAGAGUCUGUUGACAGGCAAUGCGAGCAGAUCGGGAACAGAAACCGCGCAAAUCUCUUGUCGCGCAGCAGGAUUUAUUUGAUUACUGCUACGAAUCUACAGAUCGUUACAGACUCCCCAGAUAGCCAAACUCGCGUAAAUUUUACUAUCAAUUACGUACUAUCAAUUUGCUUACUGGAUAUGUAAUAUAAACGACGUCUAACAGUAAAAAGUGGGAGAUAAAUGGAAGAGCAAUAAAAAUAAAUGAAAUACCUUCAGAUUAUGUCUUAUCUUGUGCUACAAACGGAAAAAUCAGGCACAUUUGAUGAGGUACAGUUUAGGAAAGGUCGACGAUUUUGACAACUCUUCCGCACACAUACACACGCGCGCACGCGAGCAAAAGUCGCCUGUAAGUACAUCUCUGGUUUUCAAUGCGAACGAAUCUUUUCGCACCUCGGCUUAAAUUGUAACAAUUAAAUUGAUCUCUAGUCUUUCUCUCUGUAGACAACGACGUUCACGGUGUGCUACUAUUAGUUCGCUUCGGAAGGCUUCGCGACGAAAUGUUCACGAGUGAUGAACACACACGAUGCGAACGGGUGAAGGGUCGGGAAAACACGGCGGAGUUUGCCCUCCCCUCCUCUCCCAACAUAACCUCUGCGACUGGAGUUCGGUGCUGCGCGGACAGAGCGUUUUAUAUCUUCUGUACAUAUGAUGACGAAUACGUUGUUAGUACGCAUAUCCUCGUUUUUACCGUGUAAAAAUAGACGCUUAAGUUUAAGCUAAGUUGACUUAACCCUUCGGCAAAUGAUUAACACGGGUUAUUUGUUGCGCCUAUAGUUAGCUUUCGACGAAAUGUGUAUUUUUCUAUUCGAGAUUCUCGCGUCGUUGAUAAUAAUAAUUUUAGCGUAGUCUGUGCGGAGAACACUUUCGGGAAACACACACUACUCUUCUCGGCCAAGCGUCCCGAGUCGCGCGAAUGAAACCGACGGUAGCACAGUUGCAGAAAGACGCGGCAAAAUUUUUGUCUUUGCCCGGAUCUCAUUUGUUACGCGAGCGUUCGCGCGUCACAAGGUUGCGUUCCUCUUGGACGCUCGCGCGCUGCGAGCGUCAUUCCAUCUUUAUCGCUCAUUACAUGCGGAAGAAAGAAUGACGCUUGCGGCGCGUAGGUGCCCAAAAGGAACGAAGGCUCCUCUCAUUUGUUCUUCUUUUUUCUUUCGCGGAGGUGGAACAAUGUGUCGAGUGUCUGUCACUGAAGGGUUAAGUGUAUGUCCAGAUAUACCGAAUCACCGAACACCAUUCUCAGCGAGAAUCAAUCGGCCGAGUGCUCGAGAUAUUCCCGUCGCGCGAAACCGCACUGAGAGAGAAAAAAGCUCACUAAAAUCAUAAUCAUUUCCGGCGGCAACAAUCUUUCCUUGUCAUCCUGACAAGAAGUGGCAGUAGUUAAGUGCGCGUAUAAAGUUAUCAUCACUGUAGCAGCAUUAAAUUGAGAAAUUCCUCUUGCCGACCUUGCAAUUAUUUUUCAUUACGCAGUAUCUCGCAGUCGCAAGCAUCAAGGCACUUGUGUCUCAGUAUAAAUACGUACUGCCAAAUCGUUUCCCGUCGGAGCGGCUCUUCUGAUCGAUAUCCAAUUUUCAUCAAGUGAGAAACGAACAUACGUAUGGAAAAAAGUGUACGUAUAAGUAUGUAUUCGUUGUGCGAUACGCAUAGAGAGUGAUCACAGAGUGAUGUCGACGGGACAGCGAAAUCUCGAGUACUCGUGCGUAUCGAUAUUCGAUGUAAUCCGGCACGAGAUUGUCCGAGCUGCUCGGCUCGACAGCGCGUCGUAACAACGAGAGAGCAGCGAAAUAGGAGAGACGAAAGAUCGCUUCUCCCGUUACGUUGCGCGACUUUCUCGGCGUUGAGCGGCUAAUCCUUAGGCCUAAGCUUCUUCUGCAACCCCCGAACCGAUCGCGGGGGUUGUGCGUUGAUGUUAACGAACAAUACGUCGGUGAUUACCAAUAUUAAUAACUAUGAUUGCAAUCAUUGUAACUGUCGCUCUAUUACGAUUAUCAUUAUUAUUAUUACAAUUACGAUUGCUAUUAUUAUUGUCAGGAGAAUAACGAAUAUUAAUUGCUACGAUUAUUAUACGCAACGUUACCUAUGUUACGUUAUCAUUUUAUCUACGAACAGUUGUAAAUUGACCAAAAAAAACUCUAUAAAAAGAUUAAUAAAAAGCCUUAACAGAGAA